AUGGCCACCCGGGCCAAAGAUCAGCACAAGAAAGAGCUGAAGGCGGCUGAGGCAAAGGUAGAGCGCCUUGAGAAGGACCUGUCCGAAUACCACAAGUCGGACGUGGGGAAGAACCUCCAAGCGGAUACGGUGAUUGACACGGUGAAGAUCCUUCGCGAGAAGGUCAUCAAGGAUCAUCCGGAGGUGGAGUGGGACUCCAUUGCCAUGAUCAUGCAUGUCCUCAAGUUCAUGGACAGUGGUCGCAAGGCUAGCGAACUGGAGCCCUUUGCGGGGCUGGAAGUCGCUUCGCCUAACGCCGGAGAGGAGAAGGCGGAUGAAGAAGAGGAGGCGUACGAGGAGGGGGAUGAGGAGGAAGAUGAAGGCACAACAGAUGGUGAGGAUGCGGGCGAAGGGCGCCUCCCCGAGCCGCAGGGGACACCCGAGGGUGCAGUGUGA